UGGCCAGCCUCAUCCUCAUAAAGACCUGCCUGCCGGGGUUAAAGGUGUGCGCCAUCAGGCCCAGCCAGCUUCCUAUUGUGAUGUGAUAAAGGUUUAGGGCUGAGCCAAGCAGCCCAAGGAAGUGACCAGGCAGUUGGGGAACAGAACAAGUUAUCCUGAGCGCCCCUUGCUAAGACAUGUGGGGACUCAGCAGCCCAGAGGUUUAGGGAAGAUGCUGACUUAAAUAUCCAGAGAACCCCAGGUCUGCCCAGUAUGGCUGAAACACACACGCCAUAUUCUUUCCUGAAGAAACUCUUGACUUUAUUCAAUGUCUCCAUGGCUAUGUCUGGUAUGGUCCUCACUGGCUUGGGUCUCGGGGUCAAGUACGGAGAGGCCACGGUGACGAAGGUCCUUGGGAUCUCCUCUGCCUAUCUCUUUCACUUCGGCUUCCUGAGCCUGGGAAUGGGGUGCCUCACGGUGGUGCUCAGCCUUGCCGGGUGCUAUGCGACAAGCAAGGAAAGCAGAGGCUUGCUCCUGACUUGCUUCCUGUUCCUGGUUUUCAUUGUCAUCCUGGAAGUCGUCGUGGCCUCCAUGGUGCUUGUGUUCUUCCCGCUUGUUCAAGAUGUGGCCUCCGAGCACACCUUGCUGACGCUAAGGAGGAAUUACCGGGGUCACAACGAGCCUGACGACUUCUCGGCCCAGUGGAACUUGGCCAUGGAGAAGCUGAAGUGUUGUGGGGUGAAUAACUACACAGAUUUUGCUGGCUCUUCCUUCCAAGUGACAACCGGCCACACCUACCCCAGGGCAUGCUGUAAAGCCAUAGGCACUACGGACUGUGAUGGGCACAAUGUGUCCUCUCAUGUCAUCUACCAGGAGGGCUGCUUUGGCAAACUUAUGAAAAUCACCAGGACCCAGAGCUUCACCUUGAGCGCCGUCUCCUUGGGGGCAGCAGCCGUGCAGCUGCCGGGAAUUCUUGCCACCUUUCUGCUGUUCGUCAAGCUGGGCUGACAAAGUCUGGGAAAGGACAGGAUGCCGAGUUCACCUGGCUGCCGGAGACUGCGUCUCCUCUUUUAUUUCUCUGGGACACUCACUGCUUUCUGGGCAGAAACUAACAAUAAAAUAUCAGGAAACCCGUA